AUGAGUCUUUCAUCUGGCAUGAGGGGCUCAAGUGGGAGUACGUCAAUAGGGUGGAGAACAACCUCACGGAUUAGCGGUCGAAGGUGCAAAUAUGGGAGGCAAACUAUCGUCUAUACCUCCAAAACAGAGAGAAACCCAAAUAGGGCAUUCUUUGGGUGCCCUAAUUUCAAGGAUAAGAAGCCGUUUUGUGAUUUUUUCGGAUGGGUAGAUGACGUAUGUAAUGAAAGGCUGGAGCUUGAAGAUGGAAGAAUACACAAGGUGGAGUUGGAUGUUGCUGAAAUGGAUUUCAAGUUGAAGUACGUGGACAUGAUGAUGAAUGAGCAAUUGCAAGUUAAGCUGAAAGACCAAGGUGGGAAGAUUAUUGAGCAAGAAGUGAAGAUUAAUAACCAGUAA